AUGGAUUCCACUGAUUUACUUGAACGGGAAAAAGAGUUUAAAAAGCUUAAUAAACAAUUAGAAAAGAAGACAGAGAGUUUGAUGAAGCAAAUAGAAAAUGCAAUGCAAAAACCAGAUUUUUUCUCAGAGAUACCUCAAAAUAUCUCACUACAAGAACAUUCACACUAUAAAAAACAUUGCUGCGAAACCCCUAAGUCCAGCCCUUCUCCAAAAAGUACUCCAACAAAAAUUAAAACUAAAUCACCCGCCAAAAUAAAUGUCAAGCAGGAACCAGAGACAAUUUGUAGAUACCAAGGCUGCCAUCAGGCCAGUAUUUUUGGAACACCGGAAAAAAGAAAGGAUAUCGAUAGUGAAUUUGUACAUGCUUUUGUUUUGAUGAAUAUUCAGGAAAAAGUUCUGCCAUCGUCUUUUGCAAAAGAUGGCACAACUGUGGAAAGUGUUUGUAAAUUCUUGGCAUCGAAGACGAAGCUUCUACAGGAGCAAGUAGAGACGUUGCAGGGAACUAUUGAUAAGAAGGCGUCACAAUGUGAGAAACAUCUUGCGCGCCAAGCAGACUUAGAAUCUGAGAGGUUGACGUUCUUGAACAACAUCAACAACUUGAAUGCUGAGCUAAGCAGCGCUAGGGCCAAGUGUGCGUCGCUGCAAAACAAGCUAAACGAAAAAGAGCGUAUCUGCGAAAAACAGAGAUCAGAGCUGGACAGCCAAGCAUGCCGUCUGAAGCAGCUAACUUCGAAGUUUGUCAGCGAGGAGUCAAAGUGCGCCUCUUUCGAGAGAACUGUCGAUAAGUUGCGGAAAGAACUAGAGAGCGCAAAGAUCAUUGAAAAGGAAUUUCGAUCAGCAUCUCGGGAACUGUCGGCCUCGCAUCGCAACGCCAUCUCUGGAUUGGAAUCGCGAAUUAAAACUUUGUCCUCUCGUAUUCACAAACAAGCGGAACUCAUUGAAAACUUAAAGCGGCAAAACGCGUUGCUGACUACUGAAACAGCGAUCAAAGCACUUGAAAAAGAAUAUUGCAAGUUUUUGGAUAAAGAUUUCUGA